AUCAGACCCUUUGAAGCACACUAUAAAGCAAGAUACUCUUUGUCCUCAUCAUGCAUCUUAUUUCUGUUGCCAUCGCCACCCUUCUGACGACUGCCAGCGCCAUCAGAAUUAUCAAGCCCGCAGCUGGUGACACUGUUCACUGCAACCAGCCAUGGCAAGUGUGCUGGACCGCCGUCGACACUGACCCGCCACAGUUCUGCCUCUAUCUCACCAACUUUAGGGAAUUCCCUCCCCAGAUCGUCGAUCUCCUCAGCCGGACGCCCAUCACAACUCAUGGUGGCGGCUGUGUGACGAUUCCUCCGCCAAGUUGCCCAUCACCUCUUCGCACAACUCCUUAUCGCGUCCGGGCUGCUUCCUGUUCGGAUUCCAACACUAUCUACGCUGAGUCUGCGAAUUUUGCUCUCGUCCCUUAAGUUCCUGCCUAUACCAAGAGACGUGUACGCGGGGUGGGAUUGUAGCACGUCAGGCCGUACUGUAGUUAACAACCAGGCUGAUAGGAGGGAAGUUACUUAAUAGUCUGUUCUGUUCAUUGGCAAGUUUAGUAUGCCGCAGGCAUGGGGCGAAGCGCAACAUCGCUGAUCAUGACUGGCUUCAACAGUCAGUUCUUUCGUUCGUUUCAAGACUUUCACUUUUGUUAGGUCGUAUUUGUUCGAACUUAAGUUAGUUUCCUGCUUUUCUACGGCCUUUUGCUUUUACGAGGAAGGACAUCCAAGGCAUCUUACAACUCAGUUGAAGGCACAGGACCAGCCGCGAGUCGCUUUAGUAAAUUCAGGCUCUAGAAUGGUAAUAUUAAGUAUUGCAGUAUGUUGUAAC